AUGCCCAGAACGAGGUACGAGUCCCUCAAGCUCGACUGCACACGACCGAGCGACGACAAGCACAGUCGAUGGCACCCUACCGUGCAGGCAGGGUGGCUCUCGCGUACGUUUUUCACUUGGGCGUCGCCCCUCUUGGCACUGGGCAACCAACGUCAAUUGCAGCCCGACGACUUGUGGCCCCUGGAACCUGCGAACCAGUGCCACCAUGUGAGCAGCCAGUUCGAACCCGCCUUUGAAAAAGCGCGUCGGUCCAUCUUAUGGACCAUCGUGGCGACGUACGGGUGGAGGUUUGCGUUGGCCGGUUUGUUACAGCUCGGCGCGGUCGGCGGCACACUGCUCGGGCCGUGGGUGCUGCGCGAGAUCUUAGCAGCCGUCGAGUCGCCCGACGAGUUCGACGCCGUCGCGAUAGGACAGCGCAUCGUCCUGCUGCUCGUGGUCAAAGUCGUGCAGGCCGUGAUAACAGCCCACGCCAACCUGGACAACCAGGUGGUUGCCGUUCGCAUCACGUCUGCCCUGCAGCACCUGCUCUUCCAGAAAGCCAUCGCGCUGGACACGAAAUGUCGGCGAGACAAGACCGCCGGCGAGAUCGCCAACCUGUUCUCGAACGACAUCACGUGGAUUCUCAACUUUUCCGUGUUUGCAAACCAACUGUGGCUCAUCCCCGUCCAGGUCAUUGCGACGACCGUGAUGCUGUACAACGUGAUCGGGUGGGCGACGUUCGUCGGGUUCGGAGUCAUCGUGGUCACGUUGGUCGGCAACAACUUCCUCGCCGCCAUCCAGCACGGCGCGUUCAAGCUUCUCAUGGAGUGUAAGGACGACCGCAUGAAGUGCGUCGACCAAGUGUUUGGCGCCAUGCAAAUCAUCAAGAUGAACGCGUGGGAGGACAAAGUUGGCGACAAGCUUGCCGCCAAACGCAACGCCGAGCUCGCAACUCUGUGGCGGAUCUUUACGUUGGCCAGCGCGAGCACGGCCGUGCUGUACCUCGGCCCGGUCCUCGUCACGAUCGUGUCGUUUGCCACGUAUACUCUCGUGAUGCAGCAGUCGCUGAGCGCCACGAAGAUGUUUACCGCGCUCACGCUGUUCAACUUGCUCAGGUUUCCACUGAGCGGGCUACCUACAAUCGUUGCGAGCAUGAUGCAGGCGCUCGUGGCCGUGCGGCGCUUCGCCGAGUUCCUCGACCUGGACGAAAAGGAUCCAACAAAUAUCACGACGCGGACGACCGCAACCCCAGCUGAGGCGGCGAUUUUCAACGCGCAGAAUGUCGAGAUUGCCAUCACAAAGGCACGUUUUGGGUGGGACGCCGCCAAGCCGCUGUUCACGGACGUCAACUUGACCGUCCAGCGCGGCGAGUUUGUCGUGGUCCAUGGGUCGGUCGGCGAAGGCAAGUCGUCGCUGUGCGCGGCGCUGCUCGGCGAAAUGGACAAGUACGAAGGCACGGUGUUUGUGGGCGGCCGCCCGUACGACCGCGUCAAGUACGCCAACGUGUUGGAAGCGUGUGCGCUGACGAAGGACCUGGCGCUGUUUGCGGCCGGCGACCGGACCGAGAUCGGCCAGAAGGGGGUCAACUUGUCUGGCGGGCAAAAGGCGCGCAUCAGUCUGGCGCGGGCGUGCUACAGCGACGCCGACAUUUUCAUCUUGGACUCGCCGCUGUCGGCCGUCGACGCGAUCGUGCAAAACGAGAUCUUCACCAAGUGCUUUCUCGGUCUGCUGCGCCACAAGACAAUCGUCCUCGUCACGCACUCUCCCGAGAUCAUCGCGUCCAAGUUUAUCGACCGCACGAUUGAAAUCAAGGACGGCCAGUUGCUCGGACGUAUGGUCAACCGACGGGCUCCUGCGGCGCUGCCUCGGGGAAUGAUUCCGCUGGCCAUGCAUCGUCUUUAUGGGAAAGGAGAUGUCGCCGACACGAAGUUGCCUAGUUCGGACGUUCCAACCUACAACGCGAUGGCGUCGACGAGCUACUUGGAGCCACCGCGGUCGCCAUUCCCCGUCGGGUUCGAGUCGCUUGCGAGCCCCAUCUUUGACGAAUACCAUGUUCAGCACUUCGACGAGUAUAGUCCUCGCACUGGCCGGCUACUCCAUGACGAGGAGCGCCAGCAUGGCCGCGUGGCGACCCAGGUCUUCUGCGACUACCUCCACGCAGUGGGGGGAUGGCCAGUGUUGAUGUCCUGGGUCGGCCUCCUCACGGUGUGGCAAUGCCUCAUGGUAGCGGGCGACUUUUGGUUGAGCUCGUGGAGCGCAUCUGCAGCCACGAUGUCGGGUCCCGAGUUUUUGCACACGGCAGCAUACUACCUUGCCGUGUACUCGGCACUGUCUCUCGGGAGCGUCGUCAUGACCAUCUUUCGGACGCUCUCCAUUUACACUGCUGGCGUCCGUGCCUCCCAGCGCUUGUUUGACGCCAUGACCCGUGCUCUCCUGCGCGCGCCCAUGCGCAUCUUUGACACUACUCCCAUCGGUCGCAUCCUGAAUCGAUAUAGCAACGACAUCAACACGAUUGACACGACCAUUCCGUUUGGCAUUAGCGGGCUCAUUUCCGCCAUUUUCACGUCGCUCUUUGUGCUCGGGACGACGUUUUACGUGCACGAAAACGUCGAUGCGGACGGCAUCUAG